AUGAUCACCAUCCUAGGUGAAACUUUAAGUUAUCUCCGUUUCAACUGCAUUUGGCCUAACAAAAAAGACGAAUUAAACCCCCCCAAAUCCUUCUACAUCAAAUUUAUUCUAAUGCUCACCUCUACCUCGAUUAUUUUAAUCGGAAGCGGUGCCCACUUAACAGUGUCCAUCCAAAACAAUUCCAACAACAUCACCGAAGACCUCGUCAUAAUAAUUGCCGAAAUCGGCGUCUUCUACUUCAUCGCUACUUUCGUCUCCGAGCAGAAAGACAUCGCGAAAAUCUACCUCGACCUUAGCGACUUCGACAAGUACGAGAAACCUCAUCAUUUUGAAAAGCGCAACAAACAACUCCUCUUUCUAUCAAGAAUGUACAAAACCUUCAUCGACAUUGCGAUUUUCAAUUUCUGCGUUUACCCAUUCUGUACGAAACAUUUGUGUGUCAAAGAAAACGAAACCAGAAGCUUUAAGGAAGUGUGUGGGUUGCUAGUUACGACGUGGAUGCCUUUCGACAUCGAAGUUUUUCCAAUUAAACAAAUUCUGUAUUUGUGGCAGUGCUACACGAUUGUUUUUACAAUGAAGGGGGCGGCGUUGAUUUCUUUCGCUAUCAUGGAGUCGAUGGAGCAUUUGGUGAUUAGAAUCCAGCAUUUUAAAGUAAUGCUAGCGGAUGCUGUUGACACUCAAGAUGAAAUUGUGAGAAUGAAGCGGUUUUCGUGUUGUAUUGAGUAUCACAUUAAUAUUUUUGAUCUUGGUCGAAGGAUUGAUAAGUACUAUACAGGGUGUUUGUUUCUGCACGUUUUGUUGUCUGGGGCGCUGUUUGGUUGCAUUGGUUAUAGAUUCAUGCAGGAGAGUUUGCCUUUAAAUGCGCUUUGUAUUUUUAUGGGGUGGGUGCUCUCGUUGUAUAUUGUGUGUAUCAGUGGACAGCAUUUAAUCGACGAGGCUACGUCUGUGGCAGAAGCUGCCUAUAAUAGCAAAUGGUACGAUCGCGAUGUUCAGUUUCAGAAAAAUAUUAUUUUUAUUAUUACGAGAUCUCAAACGCCUAUUGUGGUUCAUGCCGGGCCAUUUAGUUAUGUGUCUCAUAUUAUUAUUUUGACGAUUUUCAAAACUGCAUAUUCUUAUCUGACUCUACUGAACACAGCCUCAAUGUAA